GAGCGGGCGGCGGACCGCGAGGAUCGCGGCCAGGCCGAGCAGCUCGCCGCGCAGAGCCGGCGGCUGGAGCAGCUGCGGCGGGUCGAGGCGGUGGCCGCAUCGCUGGGCGUCGUCGAGGAGGCGCUGAGGGCCAGCGUCGCUGGCUGGGCGCUCGUGCGGGCCCAGCUGCGGCAGCGGCGGGCCGCGGCGGCCAGGGCCUCGCCGGGCCGGGGGGCGCCCGCGGCGGCCGGCGCCGGCGGGGCCGAGGAGGUCCCCAAGAAGGAGGAGCAAGCGACGUUCGACCCGGCGCGGUACACGGACCCCGCGAGCCUCUUCGACGCGCUCGCGUUCACCGUAGAUGACCUGCACCCCGUGCGCUUGGUCCGCAUGACGUGGCUGCUGCAGCAGCGCGGCGCGGUCCUGCAGAGGCGCCAGGAGCUGCCGGAGGAGGCCUUCGUGUCCGCGGACGAGUUGCGGGCCGUCUGGGAGGCCGGCGGGCGAGGAGGGAAAGACCAGGUGGCGCCGAUCAUCACCAUCUCGUUCUGCUGGGACUCGCGCGAACACCCCGACCCCAAGGGGUUGCAGCUGAACUUGGUGAUAGACACCCUAGAGAAGGAGCGCCUCAAGUACUCCACAGCCAGAUUUGACUUCAAGGGGUUCAGCGAGAUGGGGAUUUUUUGGGACUGGCCCUCGCUGCUGCAGGGCGACCCCGUCAAGGCCGAUGAGGCGAAGGCCGCCGCCCUGCGGCAGGGCAAGAGCGAGAAGGACGCGCAGGAGACCGCGGACAAGGCCAAGCGUACCCCCGCCGAGAAAGCCGCCUUCAAGCACGGGCUGGAGGAGACGAUGGACCUCUGGUACGCCCACCAGGCCACCACCGUCUUCCUGCUCACCCAGCACCCCCGCGAGCGGGACAGCGCGCGCGAGUACAGCUACGACCAGUCCGGCUGGACGACGUACGAGCGCUGCUCCGCGGAGCAGAUCAAGCAGGUUUGGCGUUGGCAGGCGAAGUGGCACGCCGUUGCCGACCUGGGGCAGGGGGCGGGGGGGCAGGCGGCCGGGAGGCGGUGGCCGGUGGGCCCGGACGAAUUCGACCGGCUCAUCAAGGACAGGCAGUUCACCAACGGCGCGGACCGGGAGGCGGUGAAGGCGCUCUUCCGCCGGAUGAGCCUAGCGCAGCUGGGCGGUGUGACGACGCUGGACUUCGUCGGGAUGCUGCCCCCGACCCCCGAGGAGGCCGCGGGGCUCGCCGGCUGCCUGCGGCUGUGCCACCGCCUGGAGAAACUGAACCUGCAGAGCUGCAAGAUCGGCGAAGCGGGCGCGAAGGCCCUGGCGGGGGCGUUGCCCUCCAUGACCGGCCCUAUCCACCUAAGCUUGGAGAGUAACGAGAUCGGCGACGGAGGCGCGAAGGCCCUGGCGGGGGCGCUACGCUCCAUGCCCGGCCUGCAGCGGCUGUCUCUGGUUGACAACAACAUUGGCGACGACGGCGCGAAGGCCCUGGCGGGGGCGCUGCCCUCCAUGACCGGCCUGAUCGACCUAGGCUUGGGGAAUAACAAGAUCGGCGACGGGGGCGCGAAGGCCCUGGCGGGGGCGCUACGCUCCAUGCCCGGCCUGCAGCGGCUGUUUCUGUUCGAGAACAACAUUGGCGACGGGGGCGCGAAGGCCCUGGCGGGGGCGCUGCCCUCCAUGACCGGCCUGAUCGACCUAGGCUUGGAGAGUAACGAGAUCGGCGACGGAGGCGCGAAGGCCCUGGCGGGGGCGCUACGCUCCAUGCCCGGCCUGCAGCGGCUGUCUCUGGUUGACAACAACAUUGGCGACGACGGCGCGAAGGCCCUGGCGGGGGCGCUGCCCUCCAUGACCGGCCUGAUCGACCUAGGCUUGGGGAAUAACAAGAUCGGCGACGGGGGCGCGAAGGCCCUGGCGGGGGCGCUACGCUCCAUGCCCGGCCUGCAGCGGCUGUCUCUGGUUGACAACAACAUUGGCGACGACGGCGCGAAGGCCCUGGCGGGGGCGCUGCCCUCCAUGACCGGCCUGAUCGACCUAGGCUUGGGGAAUAACAAGAUCGGCGACGGGGGCGCGAAGGCCCUGGCGGGGGCGCUACGCUCCAUGCCCGGCCUGCAGCGGCUGUUUCUGUUCGAGAACAACAUUGGCGACGACGGCGCGAAAGCCCUAGCGGGGGCGCUGCCCUUCCUUCCUGGCCUGGAGACGCUGUGGCUGCACGUUAACAGCAUCGGCGACGAGGGCGCGCAGGCGGUGCAGGCCGCCUGGGGAGACCGGGAUCGCAAGCAGUUGCUCCUCUGA